AUGAGCCGCAGUCCAGAGAGGAUGUCUUCAUACCGCCGUCAUUUCGAGGGCACUUUGGCAGCCAGCUCUGCCUGCCAGCUGCGGGUUUCCAGUCCAUCUCCCACCCGGAAGGAGACCCGGCAUCGGUCAGCAAGCUUCACCCGGAGUGGUGAGACAAGGGGGCGCAUGGCCCUCAGUAACAAGGCUCGACUGACCAGCAGUACAAGUAUGGGAGCUCUGUGCUUUGGUGUGUCUAAGGAUGGUGAGCUGGAAUUGGACCUGGAUGUGGCUGCAGAGGAGAACCAGGCCUUUAUGCUGACUCGUGCCCACGAAAGGCAGGAGAUGGUCAUCCUCAAUGACCGUCUGACAGUGUAUAUCGAAAAAGUGAGAACACUGGAGUCAAAAAACAAGCAGCUGGAGGCUGAGAUUGAGGCCCUGAGAAGCAGCUAUGACAGGUCAUCUGGGCUUAGGAAACUCUACGAGUCUCAGCUGAAGGAACUGAACAGGGACGCAGAGAAAAUGAGAGAGCAAAGGAAUGUGGACGAAGCAACCUCAGCCCGGAUUGCGCUGGAGAGGCAGCUGGAAAAUCUGGAGGUUCAACUGUCCUUCCUGCAGAGAGUUCACAAAGAGGAAAUUGAGGAGUUGAUCCUGCACAUCUCUUCAGCAUCCUCUGAAUCUGACUUCAUGUUUGGCCUCCCAGACCUUUCCCCUGCCCUAAAACAGAUUCAGUCUCAGUACGACAGCAUUGCUGCCAAAAACCUGGAGGAAAUGGAGACCUGGUAUAGAACCAAGUUUCAGGAUCUUGAUAACACCUCCAGUGAACAUAUUCAAAGAGUCCGAAGUAUGAGAGAGGAAAUUGCUGCCUAUAGGAAGAAUAUCCUAGACAAAGAACAUGAACUGGAGAUACUGAAGACAAGGAAUGAGUAUUUGGAGGCCCAGAUCCGUGACAGAUUGGAGAAAUAUAAGAAUGAAGAGAAGGGCUUAGAGGAGCACAUUGAGGGAAUUAAAGUGCAUUUGAAGGUGAGCAAGGAAAAGACUGCUCUGCUGCUGCGAGAAUAUCAGAACCUCCUGAAUGUCAAGAUGGCUCUGGAGAUUGAGAUCGCCACCUACAGAAAACUGAUUGAGGGGGAAGACAGCCGAUUGGGCACCAUGGUCCAAAGCCUUUCCUUGACUGGAGGCUUGCAGCUUCCUUCCAGUGAUAGCAAAUGUGCUCUCUCAGCACCUUCAAAGCUGGGUGGAUCUUUGAGUGAUACAAGCGGUAACAGCACUGAGAGAGCUGCAGGUGCUGGCCGAAUAGCAGCAGCCUCAUCAGACAUCCAGGCUGAUGGUAACUUAGAGAAGCAGGCAACAGUGAUGUCCAAGAGAAAGACGGUCCUCAUCAGAACAGUUAAGACAGAUGAGGACAUUUACGAAAGUGACACACAGGAGUGCACCAUCGUCAUUUCCGGAGCAGCCGAUGACACAGAUGAAGAAUAA